GAAAUAAAGUAAGAGUCGAGAACUAGAGGGAGUUCGUUCAAUAAAUCCGGUUUGAAGUGAUAAACAACUAACGUCCACUUCACAGAUUACCACUCAUUCAUUCAUCAUUGGCCAGGAAAAAAUAAAUUGAAGAAAGGGUUAAGCGGUUUUGGCUCACGCCCCAAUUAGUGUUCGGACUUAUUUGGAGCAAAUUGGAAACUCAGUUCAUCUGGCAUCUACAGUAGUCUGGAUCGAAAACAGUGUCAGUGCCACAAUGAGUGUAAAUCGAACAUACCCCUUUAACUCAUUGGUCCUCAUAAAGUAUUCAAUAUGAGGGAUCUUCUCACCGAAAGAGAGCUUCUGGGUCUGGGCCUGGAUAUCCCCGGCAUGCUCAGUCGCGGCACCCUGGAGCGCGAGGAUGAGUUGCCCGCCCAUUGGAACCGUGUGCGAGACACACUGAGUGUACGGCCCGACGAGGAGGCCGGCUUGAGUGCCACUGACGGCACCUCCAAUGUGGGUAGCGAAUUCCUGGACGAAUCCGUGGUGUCUAGCAUGACAGACCGAUACGGCUUUUUGAGCGGGCCGGACAAUCAAGUUCAUUCGACUAAAGAGGCCCCGGAUGAAGAGGUGGAGGUCCGAUUGGUUAAAACCCAAAUUCGCCGUGAAGCGAAAUGGUUGGAGAUGAUGAAUGAUUGGGAAUCACAUAUGUUGAAAGACUACAAAAAAGUACGCGAACGCUGCCGAAAAGGAAUCCCGUCUUCGGUUCGUUCCGCGGCUUGGCUCAAACUCUCGGGUGCUCAUUUCUACCUCAAUCAAGCCGAUAAGAAGCAUCAGUUUAAGCGACUCUAUAAUCAAAAGACAAAUUCACAAAAUGGGCAGAAUUGGAUCGAUGAUAUUGAGAAGGAUUUGCACCGAAAUUUUCCCACCCAUGAGCUCUUUGGCGGUACCUACGAGAAAAUAGGCCAAGCCGGCUUGUUUCAAGUGCUGAAGGCUUAUUGUGUAUUGCAUCCGGCCGAAGGGUAUUGCCAAGCCAUGGCGCCGAUUGCGGCACUUCUGCUCAUGAAUAUGCCCGCCGAACAAGCUUUCUGGUGCAUGGUCAUGAUCUGCGACAAAUACAUCCCCGGAUAUUACAGUCCCGGCUUGGAAGCUAUCCAAUUAGACGGUGAUAUCCUCCAUGGGCUACUGAGACGCGUGUCGCCCGCUAUUUAUAAACACUUGAAGAAACAAGAAAUCGAGCCCGUUUUGUACAUGACCGAAUGGUUUCUCUGUGUCUAUUCUCGAACCCUACCGUGGCCGACAGUGAUGCGGGUUUGGGAUAUGUUCCUGUGCGAAGGGGUCAAAGUGCUAUUCAGAGUGGGUCUUGUGCUCAUUCGAGCAGCCUUGCCCAAAAGUGUGAGAAAAAACUGUCCCUCCAUGUACGAAACUUUGGACGCUUUAAAGAAUCUUCCUCCUAGCAUCACCCAAGAGGAGGUUCUCGUGGAGGAAAUUUUGAGACUAAAUCUGAAGGAAGACAUCAUGGAGAGAGAGCACCGAAAGCAAGUAAAAAGGAGAAAGGCUGCAAAACUAGCAGCUGCUACAGCCAAGUCAAAUGGCAGUUAAAAAGGCAGGUUUGAAUCAAUCAUAUCAAGGUGGUUUCCAUAAGAAAUGAACUCCUCGGCAUCAUAGACGUAUUUCUCAGUUUCCAUUUACUUACCUUUUUCAAGCUAUCAGCACCCCUACUUUCAUUCCUUUGUCGCUCAGUCCGUAGUAAUUACAAGCUCGGACAUAAAAGUGCAAAAAAUUACCGCUCCACGUCGUCAAAUACAAACUUAUCAAUCUAUUGAUCAUUCUUCACUGCUGUGAUAAUCAUAUUCGUCCAUUCUACGAAAUGCAAUGUCCCACUUCUGCACACUCAAGAAAAAAAAAGGCUUUCUAUUUCAAAGUUCUUUUAUCCGAGACCUUGACUCAAAUUGGUUUUCUCCUUUGUUCCUUCUUUUGACUUGAAAGCCCUAGUCCAAAAAGUCCGAGACCUGCUAAUAUGGUAAAACGUGUUGCCAGAGAAUGCAUUUUAUGACAAAAUAAAUACACUUUAUCAACGUCA